GGCGCCUGCCACAGCCGAGAGCCGCCACCUGCGGCCCGCCCCUCGCCUCCCGGCCGCGCCCGGCCCCGCGGGGCGCCGGGGCGGAGUAGGGCCCAUCCCACCCCGCCGAGCCGGCGGCGCAGCUGUGCCCGAGCCACGUUCCGUCCCGUCCCGGCAGCGGGCAGAGCACCCGCGCCCCGGCCCUGGCCGAUGGAUCGCGAGGCGGCGGGGGACGAGCUGUCCCGCUUGCGCGCCCUCUUCUUGGCCUGCGACGCCAGCGGCUCGGGCCGCAUCGAGCGGGAGGACUUCGCGGCGCUCUGCGCCGAGCUGCGGGUGCGGCCGGCCGAGGCCGAGGCCAUCUUCCAGCGCCUCGACAGCGACCGCGACGGGGCCAUCACCUUCCCGGAGUUCGCCCGUGGCUUCCGCGGCGCCACCCGGCGGCGGCCCGGCGGCGGCGGCGAGUCGGGGGGCGAGGAGGAGGAGGCGGCGGCGGCAUGGGCUGCCGCGGGGCUGGAGCAGCCGUGGAGGGACUUCGAGGUGCGGCUCGGGGACGAGGCGAGGUACAUCCCCAGACAAGAGCAGGUCAGUGUUCUGUAUCAGAACAUACACAUAGUGGAACCAAGAUUGAUCCAGCCAUAUGAACAUGUCAUUAAGAACUUCAUUCGAGAGAUCAAACUUCAAAGCACAGAGAUGGAAACUUUGGCCAGUGCGGUAAAAAGAGCUCAGGAUACAGCAGCAGUUCAGCUCAGUGAGCUGGAGGAAGAGAUGGAACAACGGAUACAGGCUGCAGAGCAUAAAGUUAAAAAGGAAGAGAAGCGAAAAGCUGAAGAAGCACUAAAUGAGCUGAAGCGCCAGUAUGAUAUGGAAGUUGGGGAUCUUCAGGUGACAAUAAAAAAACUUAAAAAACUGGAGGAGCAAUCCAAAAAUGUAAAUCACAGGGAAGAUGUGGUUGAAUUGAAAAAAAGAAUACAUGAUAUGUUGCUGGAAAAUCAGAAACUUAAGAAAGAUCUUUUAGAAGCACAGACAAAUAUAGCUUUUCUACAGAGUGAAUUAGAUAGCUUGAAAAGCGAGUAUGCAGAUCAGACUUUGAACACUGAGAGAGACCUAGAAAUGAUCCGAGAGUAUACUGAAGACAGAGAUAAUUUGGAAAGACAAAUUGAAAUACUUCAAUCAGCUAAUAGAAAGCUUCAUGACAGCAAUGAUGGUUUAAGAACUGCACUUGAAAACAGUUUCAGCAAGUACAACAGAUCAUUGCGGUUAGCAAACACCUCACCUGGAAGUACCAUUUCUAGAAGCAGUCCUAAAUUUAAUGGUGGACAGUCUCCUCUAAACCCACGGUAUGACAGAUCAUCUCAUUCUUCUUGUGUGGAUGAAGAUUAUGAUUCUUUAGCCCUGUGUGAUCCUAUGCAAAGGAUAAACUGUGAAGUCGACAGCUUACCUGAGAGCUGUUUUGACAGUGGUUUGUCAACCCUGAGAGAUUCAAAUGAGUAUGAUUCAGAAGUGGAGUACAGGCAUCAAAGGAUUUUUCAAAGGUCACAGUGUAUGCAAGAAAGCUUUGGUGGUGAUGCUUCUGAUGCAGAUGUUCCAGAGAUCAGGGAUGAAGAAGCAUACAGUCCUGACAACAGCAGUACAGUAUUAGACUGGAAGCCCUCACGACCAGUAAGUCGAAGCAGCUCAAUUGCUUCAACAAGGAAAUACAUAUCUGCUCUCAGCCCUCAGUCAGAUGCAACUGAAUGUACUCCAAAAUACCCCAGUUCAGAGAAGGCUUACAAGAUUGUUCUUGCUGGAGAUGCAGCAGUGGGAAAAUCCAGUUUCCUUAUGAGACUUUGCAAGAAUGAAUUUCGAGGCAAUACCAGUGCAACCCUAGGUGUGGAUUUUCAAAUGAAAAGACUAAUUGUUGAUGGAGAACCUACUGUGCUACAACUAUGGGACACAGCUGGGCAGGAAAGAUUCCGAAGUAUUGCUAAAUCAUACUUCAGAAGAGCAGAUGGUGUCUUAUUGCUAUAUGACAUAACGUGUGAGAAAAGCUUUCUUAAUGUGCGAGAAUGGGUGGAUAUGAUUGAGGAUGCAACUCAUGAGAAUAUUCCAGUUAUGAUGGUGGGAAACAAAGCAGAUCUCCGUCAAGCUGUUACAGAACAUGGGCAAAAAUGUGUGCCUAUAAACUAUGGAGAAAAGCUGGCUAUGACUUAUAAUGCGCUAUUCUGUGAAACAAGUGCUAAAGACGGAUCUAAUAUUGUAGAAGCAGUUCUUCAUCUUGCUCGUGAAGUGCGAAAACGAAGUGAUAAUCAAGAUGAUGUGAGGUCAAUAACUAGCCUGGCUGGGACACCUGUCAAAGAAUUGACACUCAGGAAAAACUGUUGCAAUGUUUAAGUGACAGAUACUUUUUCCUGACCUAAAUAACUUGUGUAUUUUAAAAAGAAAAUAAUGAAGGAUUUUAAUAUUGUUUCUUUUUAUGUGGAUUUAUACAUCUCUGUAUUUAGAAAUUGCACAUCAUGUUAAAAAUCCAGACUCUACUUUCUGCUCAUUGAUAUUUGUGCACUUGCCCAUAGGCUCUGAUUUCACCUUUCCUAAGUAAGUGAAUGAAGUGAGCUCAGAAUCAAUGCUAUAGUAGUCACUGCAUAAAAUAUUAUGAUAUAUUUUACUGUCUUUACCUGCUUGUUUCUUUGUUUCUUAUGUAUAGAACAUGGUAAUAUCAUAUAUCACUCAUAGGAAAAGAAAAAAUAGCAGCUUCAAUUAAUUUAAUAUCUCUCUGCUUCUCUAGGUUUUUUUUUUUUUGAAGGCCUUAAGUUAUUUGUUGAUGAAACUUUUCCCAAGAAAAACUCAAACUAUUAAAAGGUUGCCUAGGUCCAGGUAAACCCUAAGUUCAAGGGCAUGAAGCAGAAUGGUCUCUUGACAGGAGAAGACAGUGUGGCUGGUACCUGGGGUUCUGGUAUAAUUUUGCAGAAGUUGGUGAGUUAGAAUUUAUUUAAUUUUGGGAGUUGGGGCUUGAUUCAUAACUGAGAAGUAGACUUUACAUCUGAUACUACUGGCUCAAAAGUGAAACGAACAUGUGCACGGACCAUUACUGUUCAAAAUUUGAGAGAGACUGUAAUACCUGUAGGAUUACUGAAUCUGCCCAUUUGUUUAGACUAGGUUGUUAUUAGUGUUACAGAGAGAUAUGGGUUGUAAUUUUUCCCUUUUUUUCUAAAUGUCUUCCAUUCAGACACUAACUGAGGGGUUGUAAUGGUACACGGGAGUCUGUUUCAAUGGAUAUUCUUUAUGCAUUUUUUAGGUUUUAAAUCUGCAGGUGAAAGAAUUGCUGCACAUGCACAAGCAUCUGUACAAACUGUUCGUUAAAAGAAGUCCCUGAAAUGAACAGCAACCACAAAUAAGAAUUCCUUUGCCCGAUUUUAGGAAAAUUCUGAGAAACGUACCAGUGAGUGGUAGCUUUAGCUGUCAGCAUCUCUAAAAACUGACUCAGUAUUGUUUAUAAUAGUUCCCAACAGUCCUACAGUGUAGUAAAAAUUGCAGGUAUUUCUACAGUUAACAGUUGUGAUCCAAUUCUCAGCUUUCCCUGAUUUUGAUCAGAAUGGGUUAAGGGACCCUUGAAUGCCAGCAAACCUUUUCAGUCUUUUCUGUGUAUAUUAGCAAAACAUCUCCAGGCUGAAACCUAGCUUAGUAAAUCAACCUCGGAUAAAUUUUUAUGUACUGGUUGGCAACCCAUAUGACUAGCAGCUGUUACUGCAUUUUAUCAGCACUGUGUUUGAACCCUAUAGCCUGUGCUGUGUUAUCAGUAUAAAGUGUGGAGUUCUCAGAAACAGGAUGGUUCGUCAUUUAAAAAAAACGUACAGUUUUAAAGUAGGAAGAGCAGUGUUUUUAGGCACCAUUUCAAACCUCUAGAUCAGAGCAUUUAAUCCUCAGGUAACUAUCUGAAAGCUUGUUCUUAACGAGAUAGAGAAAUCUAAUGCCAGAAGGAAUAAGACAUUUUAUUUCACUGUAUUGUACUUCAGUUCUAGAAGAGAAAACACAUUUCGUGUCCUUUUUCAAGUACUAAGGGAAUCUUCACACUCUAUUCCAUGCAGGAUACUUUAGGGCUGUAGCAUCUUCCCACCCAACAAUACAAAAUGCCUCACUGUAGUCCUGAGAAUUAGCUGGAGCAGGUGGCAGAGAAUGAAGGAGAUGUAGGCGUAUCAGGAAUAUGCCAGGUUACAUAUGUAUUGUUUACUAUUAACCCUGUAUUUAAACAAGAAAAUUACAGCUGUGAUUAGCUUCUCUGAGGAGAAAACUGUGCUUAACUGAGUGCAUUGAUGAGGGCUGCUUCUGUGUCCUUUAGGUGUAAAAAGCUUCUCUCUCUCCAGAAGAGUGAAAUGGAAGUAGAGAUAACGUGGGUUGUACUUGAAGGUAGUUCUUCCUGCAGCAGUAGGGAGGAGAGGAGGAGAUGAUCCAGUGCUUGGUUUCUGAAGAGUAAGUUUACAACAUGUAGGCAUUUGCGUUUUCUCAGGAUGAGAAGGUCAUGGUUAUAAGCUUUUCCUUACAUUCCAAAAUAUUGCUCUUUCAGUGUUAUUAACUUCUGUUAAAUUGUAGGGCUUAGACUGAGGCUCGGUGUUCAAUGUGUGUCUUCUGAACCACAAGUGUUUUACCAGCUCUGUGGUCUUGGCCUGCAGUAAAUGAGGUGAAAUAUGUUUGCCUAAACCUUGUUGAUACACCUGCAUGAGGAAAACAUUUUUGUCAUAUACAGAGAAUCACAAAGUUGUUUGCAAGAAGGAUUUCUGGAAGUGGUUUUGUCACACCUCCCAAACACCCAAGCAGAGAUGGACUUUUUUCAGCCCUAGAUCAGAUUGGCUGUGGGUUUGGCUAGCCAGGCUGCGGAACUCCUCAAAGACAGAGAUAUGACCACCGUUCUAGGCAACUUGUUCUCAUGCUUGCACUCCCCUUCUGGAUAAAAAUUUCUCUCAGUGUCCAACCUCAGUUUCCCAAAUGACUACAAAUUUGUAAGUGUUUCCCCUCAUUAUAUCAUCUCCUGAUACCAAGAAGAGUUUGGCUGCUGUAUUGGUAACUCCCCUUUCAGCAUCUGUAGGCCAAGAUUCCCCGUGGCUUUGUCUUCACUGGUAUAAUGACAUUGUGAGAUAAGACAUGCAAAUGUGGGUUCCACAUCCCAGAGUUAGCAGUGUGUGUGCAUGUGCAGUAAUUACUUUCAUAGAUAAGAUUAUUAGCAUACAGAGAGUGUCAUGUGAAUGUACAUGCCUCUAAAGAGCUUGGUUGAAGGAUGUGAGUUCAGGGACCUGCCUUUACACCUAUUUUUCUCUGUCUUCAGGAUUGGUGAUUUAUGCUUUGGGUGCUUUUUUUCAUUUACUUAAAUGACCAAAAUCUCUCUUGAUUUAUUUGGCCCAAUUAUAUAAACUGAAUCCCUUUUUUUAAGCUCUGUAAUUUUUGUGUCAUGUAAGGCAACUUUAAAUUGAAACAGUGUUGUUUUUUAAAAAAGUUUCAGGGUUGAAAACAAUUAUCAAAGUUUUACCUUGGACUAGUGUUAUGGUCAAUGUCUAAAUGACUAAAAAAAGCACUACCAAAUGGGGAUGUAGCUAUAGCUCAGUUGGAACUAGUUUUAGAAAUCCUGUGAUGAUCAGCUCCAUCAAGUCUGAAUAUUCACAUGAUACCAUGCAGAAUUCAUGUUAAAACAAUAGAACUUUGAAAAAAAAAAAUUAAAUUCAGGAAUUAAAGCAUGUAUUUGUAAAUGGAAAUAAUUAAUAUAGUGAAGUUUUCUGUUGUUUUGCUUUGAAAAGUUACCUUGCCUUCUACCUAAAAUGUUAAACGGCAAACAUCAGCUUUAUGCUCUGACAUAGUUGCACUAUUUUACUUUGAAUGUUUUUAUGGUUUUGUUUAGUACAUAAGAACUAUUCAUUUAAUUGCACAGUUUUUUUUUUAGUUAGUGGAUGUGUUCCUUUAAUACAUGUAUUUAUUUUAAAAGAAAAGGCCUUUUGUGUUUUUCCUCAUGAUCUGCAAAUAAAUUAUUUUUAUUCAUUGACAUGGAAGUAUUAAUACUGUAUUUGUUUUUAUCCUUUUUAAAUUGUGGCAUAGUACAUGUUUCUGAGGUAAUAAAUUCUGUGAGACACUCUGAAAAUGUUUUGAUCACAUAAGUUCUUGUAACCACUUUGUGCCUGUUUAGCAUACAUUAGUAGCUUCAUAAGACAAGCUGCAGUACAGUUAGAAGUACUGUUAUGGCCUAACAUAGCUGAAGUAUUUUUCUGCGUAAUUAUUUUUGUAUUAACUACAAAAUCCUCUAUUAUUUUAGGAAAAAUAAAUUACAGUUUUAAAUGCUAUAGCCUGUUAAAAUAUAUUCCAAGGAAAAUAUCUAAGGGCCACUCCUGCAAGGAGCAUCAUGUAGAUGUGCACCCAUGCAAAUCCCCAAUUAAGCUAAUAGGUUCUGUGCUAGUGCAGGCAAUCGGCUCAUAUAUGGAUCCUCCUAAAGAGGUUUUCUUUUUUCCCCAAUCCACUGCUGUACAACAGUGCUAGGUAACUUUUUAGGCAAAAAAGAUUUCAGUGAAAGAUCACUAAUUCAUAAACCAAAGAGAUAUCAAUUCAUAUAGUCAAGGCACUUUCUUGUAUUACAAAGAAACCUAUUUCCAAGAUGUUUCUGACUGUAUUAGGCAAUUAAAGAAAUAGACCAAUAUCUCACGUGCAGUUCAAAUGCCCUUUACCGCUACCCCUGCUAGAUUUGAUAUAGCAUGUAAUGCUAUCACUCUGACCCUGUCCAGGCUACUUACGGAUUGGGGAAGGUUUUUACAGCACCAGUUAUUUUAGUAUUUCUCUCCUGCUGUAUUACUAUCAGACAUAAUCCUUUCUUACUGGUAUCUUUAGGACUGGUAACAUCAAUAUUCAUCGUAAUGCAUUUUUUUUUCACCUAUCUUGUUUUGUGAGAAAAUUUUUCUUAUGGUAAAAAAAAAAUUGACUCAGAUAUGUGGAAUGUAGAUUCAAAUGUAUUACACAGUUUGUAAAAGAAUUCCUUUUUCUGCCAUCUCUGGUAUUUGAGUUAUGGCUAUAGAUACAGUUUCUAGGAUAUUAGUCAUUAGGUGGGUGAGUAACAAAUAAACCCAAGCUGUGAAGAUUUCCCACUGAAUAUAAAGUGAAGUAUUUGAAACAGAAGUGUAUUUUCUUACUAGUAUGAGGAAGAAAUUCAGUGCCAAUUGCAUGUGCCAGCUUUUAUUAAAAGUCUGUAUAUUAUAUAAAUAAGGCUUUAAAUUGUGAAAACUUUUGAAACUUUAAUUUAUACUGUUUACAACUAAAACUGUGGUUUUCAUGAAGCUUGUUCUUCCUCAAAACUACAGAUCACAGCAUUCGCUGUAAUUUUGUACAUACAUAUGUUUAAAAGGGACUGCGUUUUCUGUAUUACACAUUG